AAACAAAUGGGUCACCGUUAGAACUCUCAUACUCCGUUUCUCUCCUCAUACUCAGAUCACACUCUGUCACACAUCGCUAUUCUCUCUCGCGAUCGAACUUUCGAGGUCUUCGCUGUUCGCUAUUCUUCAUCAAUCACUAUUUUUCAUCAAUCGCUUUAUAUCUCGUCGAUCUCACUUAGAUCUCACUCUCUUCGCUGUUCUUCAUCAAUCGCGUAGAUCUCUGGAUGUACUCCUCUGCUAGGCGAUUGACGAUUGUUGCCCAUAAAGUACAUCUCUGGAGUACUCCUAUGGGAAAAAAUAGUUGUUCUUCAUCAAUCGCGUCGAUCUCGAGGCUAAUUGAACUCCAACUCGAUCUCUCUCGCUAUUAGCUCCCAUCUUGAGUUUGCAAAUCGCAAAUCCAAAAUCGAUAUCAUGCACCAUUUCAAUAUCCCAUUGGACGCCGAAUGAUCAACUUUGAGCCAAACUUCAAACUACUAAAUGGCCUAAAAGGAGCUUUUGUAGGACUGCUGAUCUUCUUUAUUUUCCAAUUUUUUUUAUCAUUUGAUUCUCAAAUCUAGUCACAAUAACUUUCCCACUCGAGGAAUCUGAAAAUUUCCAACUAAGUAAAUGAAUAUGGCCAUCUCUUCCACGCCCACUUCAUUUUCCAAAUCCCUAAAGCCCUCCCUUCCAAAAGCUAGAGUCUUCAACCUCCUUAAAACUCCUCCCAAUUCCCACCUCCGCUACACCCUCAAUCUCAAACCUCCACCUCUCCGGCUCCUCUUCCGCAUUGGCAACCCCAAAUCCAAAUCCCAAUUCAAGUCCCACCACAGUCCGAUUCGUUCCCUCUUUACUGGCAUUGUGGAAGAAAUAGGCGAGGUCAAGCAGCUGGGUUCCGACGAUGACGGCGGAUUCACCAUGACAAUCCAUGCGAAGACUGUCCUUGAAGACGUCAACCUCGGUGAUAGCAUCUCCAUCAAUGGUACCUGUCUUACAGUCACCCAUUUCGACACUCAAUUAUUUGAAUUCACUGUCGGAUUAUCGCCUGAAACACUCAGAAAAACUUCGCUAAUUGAGCUCCAAAUGGGCUCAUUGGUCAAUUUGGAGAGAGCAUUGAAACCAUCAACCCGAAUGGGAGGGCAUUUCGUUCAAGGCCAUGUUGAUGGGACAGGUGAAAUUGUGUCCACCGAGCCGGAAGGCGAUUCGUUGUGGGUGAAGGUGAAGACAACACCGGAGUUGUUGAAGUAUAUUGUGCCAAAAGGGUUCAUAGCUGUGGAUGGGACUAGUUUGACUGUCGUGAAGGUGUUUGAUGAAGAGGAGUGUUUUAAUUUCAUGUUAGUGGCUUACACUCGGCAGAAUGUGGUGAUUCCAUUGAAGAAAGUUGGGCAGAAGGUGAACUUGGAGGUAGACAUUUUUGGCAAGUAUGUGGAGCGGCUUCUCAAUAGUGGGGUUGUCAAUGCCAUCAAAUGAAAAGGUAUCACAAGAUUUAUUUAUGCUUUUUCAACUUAAUGUAGCAUUUCGGUUCAAUGUUAUGGAUGAUCAAUGUACUUCACAAGGUGAUAUGAACACGAAUUGAAAUUUUGAAGUGUUGAUUACUAUUAGAUAUUUCAAUAUGAAUUUGAAUUUGGUGAUGUUGAUAUU